AUGCCUGAUGGAAUCAUGCCUGCGGACAAAACGCAAGGUGUGGAGGAUGCCUCGUACAACACAUUCUUCUCAGAAACACAAAGCGGCAAACAUGUACCACGAGCGGUGUUCGUAGAUUUGGAACCCACGGUAGUCGACGAGGUACGUACUGGAACCUACGCAAAGCUUUUCCAUCCAGAGCAACUAAUAACCGGCAAGGAGGAUGCUGCUAACAACUACGCCCGUGGCCAUUACACUAUUGGCAAGGAGCUUAUCGACGUAUGCAUGGAUCGAAUUCGACGUCUCACCGAACGCUGCGCAUCUCUCCAAGGCUUCCUCAUUUUUCACUCGUUCGGAGGCGGAACAGGCAGUGGCUUUGCUGCUUUGAUGAUGGAACGAUUGUCUGUUGAUUUUGGAAAGAAGGCGAAGCUCGAGUUCAGCAUCUAUCCAGCUCCAACAAUCAGCACUUCAGUCCACAAAGCAAAGCUUGAAAAUAAUUUCAACAUCUCCUCUCACUGUGAGUCACAGCUCAGCAAUGUCGUACAGCUCGUCUGUAUUCAUCAUCGUUCUUACAGCCCGACAUACACGAAUCUGAAUCGUCUAGUCGCUCAGGUAGUUUCUUCAAUCACAGCGUCCCUCCGAUUCGAUGGCGCACUCAAUGUUGAUCUCACGGAGUUCCAGACAAAUCUCGUGCCGUAUCCGCGAAUUCACUUCCCUCUUGUCACCUACGCUCCCAUUAUAUCA